AUGUUACUUUGGUAUCUACUUCACGCGAUCAGCUUAAUCAGCUCAAUGGGCUCUAACUUGUUCAAUUAUUGGUCUCAAAGUGGCUGUGCGCUCUUCGUCUCCACUCUAUUUUGUGACAUUACCCUCUACGUGGCCCUGGUUUACCUUUCAAUUCUGUGGAAUGAGAAUUUCUCAUCGAUGGUCCCAUAUUGUACCCUUGGGAAUAAAUAUACAGCCAAGCAGACACUAAUGUUUCUCAUAUUCUCUCCAAUUGUUGAUAUCAUCAGUCUAUUGAUACUUCUCUUUCUAACUCUCAAAAGGAAAAGUGUCAAAGUGAGAACCUACGAUUUAAGCUCAAAUUUCACCAUUGCUGAGAAAAGAAACGCGAAUCUAAUGCUAUUACCAUUCUCUGCUCUACAUUUCAUCAUUCAAUUAUCUUUUCUUCUCAUUCAAGCCUAUCUCCCAUUGGCACUUCCAAACGCACAAGAAAUGAGAACAAGGACGAUCUUUUUGAGUUUAUAUCUUUACUCUUUCUACACGGUUGCUGGUUGUCUUUCCCUUCGAUAUAUUCUAAGAAGAAUUCGAGAGAAACGACAGAAGCAAAUCUCCAGAAAUCUUGAGAAAAGCGCCGACGAGAGACUAAUUCACGAAUCUUACUCAAAAUAUUGG